AGUGUUCAGAAGAGGACUUUACCCUGAACUUGGUUGAGGAGAGAGAUGGCGGAGAUGGAGAUUGACACCAGUGAAGUGAAAGCCAAAUACAGGUUUGAUGAGCAGAAAUUGGAUGGAUACCUGAGCACCCACCUGCCAGACUUCAGCUCCAGACCAGGGGAAGCCCUCACUGUCAGGCAGUACAGAGCCGGGACGUCCAACGCUAUGUUUUCUCUAGAGAAGGGUCCAAAUAAAUGUGUUCUUCGAAAGGAAGCUUGCGACCCAGUUGUACCAGGAGUUAAUUCGAUUGAGCGCAUAUAUGAAGUCCAAAAAGCGCUAUUUGACGCUGGAUUCCCGGUACCGAAGACUUUAUUAUACUGUAAUGAUGUGACAGUGAUUGGAACCGAAUUCUAUGUGAUGGCACAUGUGGAGGGUCGUAUUUUCCGAAAUGUCCUUCUUGAUAAUGUCAGCCCUGCAGAGAGAAAAGCGAUGUUUGUUGCUCUCAUUGAAACUCUCUCCAGGCUCCAUUCAUAUGACAUACACAAGCUAAAUCUAACAGGGCAUGGCAAAGGAAAAGGAUUCUGCCAGAGAGAGGUAACCACAUGGAAGAAGCUGUAUGACCGGGUUGCACACACUGAUGUCCCAGAAAUGAGCCAGUUAGCUGACUGGCUUAUGAAUAAUUUGCCAAGCAAUGACAACGAAGAGUGCCUUGUCCAUGGUGAUUUUAGGAUCGACAAUCUAAUUUUCCAUCCAACUGAGGCUCGUGUGAUCGCUGUCCUGGACUGGGAACUGUCCACAAUUGGAAAUCCUAUGUCAGACUUGGCUUACUUUCUUAUCAUUUAUUUUUGGCCUCAUGAAGAACCCAUUUUUGGUGGUGACAAACUCAUUCGUUUUAUUGAAGGAGCACCACCCUUGGAGGAUAUGAUGAGCAUUUAUAGCCAGGGUCGAGGUGUGGAUUCGCCAGUUCGUGACUGGAACUUUUUUCUUGCACUUAGCUGCUUUAAGAUUGCUGGAUUAUCACAGGCGAUUCAUUCAAGGUUUCUUCUUGGGAAUUCCAGCGAUGAGCAUACCAUCAUCUUCGCUAAUAUGGUUAAACCUCUGGCUGAAAAGGCACUCAGCUUAGUUAAACGUCUUUGACAGGAUCUGAGUCCCUGACGAACCAGGUCAGCCCUCGAAACGCGUUGGCUAAAAGAAUUACAAAACCGGUUCUUGAAUCCAGGAUUACAUCACCAUGGACAAGCAGUUUGUUAAUUUGUUUUAUGGAAUAAACCCCUUUUAUAGGAGUUAAAUCGUUGUUUAAUAUAAUGAUAUGAAUAAUAUUUUAGGCUGUAGAGUGCUACUUAAGGGUCUGUUUUGGAGAUGUUUGUUCUAAGCACAUUUGUUUGUUCUAAGCAUAUUUGAAAAUAUGUAUUAGUAAAAGUGAAACUUAAAGUGGAGUUUCCA